AUGACCAUGACAGUGCCAUGGACGACCGUGACAGUGACUACCGCAGUGAAACCAGCAACAGACCUCCACGUUUUCACAACGCCUCCCAGACCAAUUCGUCAGUGCACCAGUACCCUAUAGGACGCAGGGUCCAGCAUCAAACCCUGUCCCGGGAGUCUGACUCCAUACAAAGCUAUGAGCUGGACUAUAGAGAAAUGAGGGGGGCCAGCCCACCGGACAGCAGUCGGUUUGAUUCCUCAGGCAACCUCAGUCCGGUCAGCUCCCAGCUCAGCUCUGAACCCGAGGAACGCCAGCAUCCAGAGUCCUGCUCCCCAAGAGGGCCUCACCCCCCCCUCCACAGCCAGCCGUCGACCUGGGACGAGGAGGAGGAAGAGGAGGAGAAGGAGCUGCGUCCGAUCCCAGAGCCUGGAUCCAACAAAGAUUUAAAGGACUCUGCCGUCGCUCUGCCAAAACCGAUCCUGGACAACCAUGACAACAAGACUCCGACUAAAAUCAGUUUCUUUGAAGACGGUCCUCCGCCCUGUUCCCCGUCCAAAGUCCGCUGGCUGAAAGCGUACAACAAAGUGAGGGUACAGCUGCUCGAGAGCCGAUAUCAAGAUGGUGACCCCAGCAAGCACCCGUGGGCCAAGCCAGGGGGAAACACCCCCUUUGGCAUUGACAGCAUGCCCGACCUUCGCAAGAGGAGGCCCAUCCCCCUCGUUAGUGAACUGUCUAUGAUACAGUCCAGGAAAGCUGGACUCGCCCACACACUGGCCACACGGACGUCCCUGAAAGAUGAAGAGCUUAAAACCCACGUGUACAAGAAGACGCUGCAGGCUCUGAUCUACCCCAUCUCCUGCACCACGCCCCACAACUUCGAGGUCUGGACGGCCACCACGCCCACGUACUGCUACGAGUGCGAGGGGCUGCUGUGGGGAAUCGCCCGACAAGGCAUGCGCUGUGCCGAGUGCGGCGUGAAAGUGCACGAGAAGUGCCAGGAGCUGCUGAACGCCGACUGUCUGCAGAGAGCGGCCGAGAAGAGCUCCAAGACGGGGGCGGAGGACCGGACACAGCACAUCAUCAUGGCCAUGAAGGACAGGAUGAAGAUCCGCGAGAGGAACAAGCCGGAGAUCUUCGAGGAGAUCCGGAGCGUGUUCGACAUCUCCAAGAUGAUCCACGCUCAGUACAUGAAGGGCAUCAAGCAGAGCGUCCUGGACGGCACCUCCAAGUGGUCGGCCAAGAUCACCAUCAACAUCGUCAGUGCACAGGGUCUCCAGGCCAAGGACCGGACGGGCUCCAGUGACCCGUACGUCACCAUCCAGGUCGGCAAAACCAAGAAGAGGACGAAGACCAUCUACGGGAACCUGAACCCGGUCUGGGAGGAGAAGUUCAGCUUCGAGUGCCACAACUCGUCGGACCGGAUCAAGCUGCGCGUCUGGGACGAGGACGACGACAUCAAGUCGCGGGUGAAGCAGCGACUGAAGAGGGAGUCCGACGACUUCCUGGGUCAGAGCAUCAUCGAGGUCCGGACGCUGAGCGGAGAGAUGGACGUCUGGUACAACCUGGAGAAGAGAACAGACAAGUCGGCUGUGUCUGGGGCCAUUCGUCUUCAUAUCAGCGUGGAGAUCGAGGGAGAGGAGAAGGUGGCCCCGUACCACGUUCAGUACACGUGCCUUCAUGAGAACAUGUUCCACUUCUCCACGGACGUGGAGGGCGGCGGCGUGGUGAAGAUCCCGGGCGCGCAGGGCGAUGACGCCUGGAAGGUUUACUUUGGCGAGGUGCAGCAGGACAUCGUGGACGAGUUCGCCAUGCGCUACGGCAUCGAGUCGAUCUACCAGGCGAUGACCCACUUCUCCUGCCUGUCCUCUAAGUACAUGCUGUCGGGGGUCCCAGCCGUGAUGAGCACCCUGCUGGCCAACAUCAAUGCCUUCUACGCCCACCCCACCGCCUCCACCAACGUCUCCGCUCCAGCCCGAUUCGCAGCCUCCAACUUCGGGAGAGAUCGAUUUGUGAAGCUCCUGGAUCAGCUGCACAACUCGCUGCGUAUCGACCUCUCCAUGUACAGGAACAACUUCCCAGCCAGCAGCAAGCCUCGCCUCCACGACCUCAAGUCCACAGUGGAUCUUCUCACCAGCAUCACGUUCUUCAGAAUGAAGGUGCUGGAGCUGCAGAGUCCUCCCAGAGCGGCCAACGUGGUGCGGGACUGCGUGAAGGCCUGUCUGAACUCCACCUACGAGUACAUCUUCAACAACUGUCUGGAGCUCUUCAACCGGCAGUUCCAGUCCGCCGCCCCGCCCCCCAAGCCAGAGAAGAAGAAGGAGAAGAAGAAGAAGAAGAAGGAAAAAGCUGAAGGAGAAGAGGGGGAGGAUGAGGAGGAAGAAGAGGAGGAAGAGGAGGAAGAAGAGGAGGAGGAAGAGGAGGAGGAGGAGGAGAAGAAGGAGGAGAAUCAGCCGGAGGAGCAGGGCCCAAGUAUUCAGAAUCUGGAUUUCUGGCCCAAGCUCAUCACGCUCAUUGUCUCCAUCAUCGAGGAAGACAAGAACUCGUACACGCCCAUCAUCAACCAGUUUCCUCAGGAACUCAAUGUUGGCAGAGUCAGUGCUGAGGUCAUGUGGAGUCUGUUUGCUCAGGACAUGAAAUACGCCCUGGAGGAACACGAGAAGCAUCGUCUCUGUAAGACGGCCGACUACAUGAACCUGCACUUCAAGGUCAAGUGGUUGUACAACGAGUACGUUCAGGACCUGCCGGCCGCCACAGACGCUGUGCCUGAGUACCCAGCGUGGUUCCUGCAGUUCGUCCUGGCCUGGCUGGCUGAGAACGAGGAGGUGUCCAUGGAGUUCAUGCACGCGGCGCUGGAGCGGGACAAGAGAGAGGGGUUCCAGCAGACGUCCGAACACGCUCUGUUCUCCAGCUCCGUGGUCGACGUCUUCACUCAGCUCAACCAGAGCUUUGAGAUCAUCAGGAAGCUGGACUGUCCCGACCCGACCGUGGUGGCUCACUACAACCGCCGCUUCGCCAAGACGAUCACCAAAGUGCUGCUGCAGUACAGCGCCCUGCUGGCUAAGAGCUUCCCCUCCUACUGUGAGAAGGAGAAGAUCCCGUGCGUGCUGAUGAACAACAUCCAGCAGAUGAGGGUCCUCCUGGAGAAGAUGUUCGAGUCCAUGGGAGCGAAGCAGCUUACUGCUGAGGAGGAGAGGUUGGAGAAUGAGGAGGAACCUGACGAGUGUGAUGAGGAGGCCUUCUCUGACAAUGAAGGGGAGGAUGACAUGUCAGAGGACUCCAAGUCCUGCUGCUCAGACUCUGAAGGAUCUGAGAUCGACAACAAGGACGAGGACAAAAAGACUGACAAGGAAAAGUCUGAUUCCAAGAAGGACAAGGCUGAAAAGAAAGACAAAGAGAAGCAGGAGGAAAAUAAAAGCAAAGAGACCGAAGCCACAGCUGCCACCAACAAGAUGGAUACAGAGGCAGCUAACAUCCUCAAUGAGCUGCAGGUGAAGCUGAGCACUGUCCUGGACAACUUCAGCAUCGUGUUUGCCAAGAGUUUCCAGACUCGUAUCACCGGCUGCAUGCGUCAGAUGGCGGAGAUCCUCUACCAGAUCAAGGGGCCUCCCAAGCACGACACCGCGGAGGCAGAUGCCGACGCCAUGCUGAGGCCCCUCAUGGAGUUCCUGGAUGGGAACCUAAGUAUCUUUGCUGACAUCUGUGAGAAGACGGUGCUGAAGAGGAUCUUGAAGGAUCUGUGGAAGAUCGUCCUGAGCAGCCUGGAGAAGUCCAUCGUCCUGCCGCAGAGCAACGACAGCCUGGGAGCUCAACUCCUCACGGCAGCUAAAGGACUCUCAAAUCUCAAGGGAGGAAGUGAAGCCAAAACCCUGACGCCCAAACAGUGCAUCAUCAUCGACGCAGGGCUGGAGAGCAUCAAGCAAUACUUCCACGCUGGAGGAAACGGGCUGAAGAAGGCGUUUGUGGAGAAAAGUCCUGAACUGGCGUCGCUGCGUUACGCCCUCUCCCUUUACUCCCAGAGCACUGACGCUCUCAUCAAGACCUUUGUCACCACGCAACACUCGCAGGUGCACGAUGGGAUGGGCAUCAGAGUCACCGGCAAUGAAAAGAUUCGACCUGAUCGGGGUUCAGGGGUCCAGAGGCCGAUCGGAGAAGCCGUCCUGCAGAUCGAUAUGAUGCUCGGCAAAGAACGUAAGGUCAACGUCAGAGUCAUCGCAGUGAACGACAUGAAGUGGCAGACGUCCGGGAUGUUCCGGCCUUUCGUCGACGUCUCCGUGGUCGGUCCCUUCCUCGCCGACAAGAAGCGCAAGCUCACCACGAAAUCCAAGAACAACAGCUGGACGGCGAAGUUCAACGAGUCCUUCCAGUUCACCCUGGGUAAGGAGUCUCCAGACUGCUACGAGCUCCAGGUGACGGUGAAGGAUUACUGCUUCGGCCGGGCGGACCGGGUGGUCGGCAUGGCCGUGGUGCAGCUGCGCGACGUCGCCGACCGCAAGAGCUGCGUGUGCUGGUGUCCCCUGGGGCCGCGCAUCCAGACGGACGAGACGGGCAUGACGGUGAUGCGCAUCCUGUCCCAGCGGCCGGCCGAUGAGGUGGCCAAGGAGUUUGUCAAGCUGAAAUCUGAGAUCCGUCCCGUGGAGGAGGGAAGAUGAGGAGCAGAGGCUCGGACACCGGCGCUGGAAACUGGAUCAUAAAUGGAGAUCUGGGUUUAGAGUCAGGGCUGCGGUUCAGUUUUCCUCAGCAGACACAGGCCGAUGAAGUGUCUGAGUGAUAAUAUUCAACAUGGGGAGAAGGACGCAGGAGAUAUAAGUGAGAGAAAGAUGUUCUCUCAAAUGUCAAAAAAGAAAAAUGAUUAUCAGCUGAUUUAAAUCUCCAGCUCAGAGGACAGAGAUCAUUUAAGUUCCAACGACGGACUAUUCAAGUCGUCAGUUACAUCCGGUGUCUGUCACCUGUCGACCAUCUCGGGUUCUGUCUGCCUGACUUGAAUCUUGAAUCUACCUGACAGAAAGAAAAGAUACAGACGUAUCUUACAUCAACUGAAAGGAGCCGUUAUCCCACAUUAAUGAACCGUGUGAGGCCUAAUGAAAAUGUUCAGUGACCUCGGCAUCACUGUUGACAGUUUCCCAAAAGACAUCAUCAGAAACCUGCUGUCCACCAGGGAAGUGAUGUCAGAAAUAAUAAAUAGAAACAACAGUAAAACAGCUCAUGAAAGAAGAAGUGCUUAAAACAUCAGCAUCAGAUUCAUGUGGUGGUUCAUCCACGAAGUUUUAAAAUUCAGCUUGACGAGCGAGCGACUGUCUGUUGAGCUGCUGCGAGUAGAAAAGGGAAAGUUCACGCUCGUCUCAGACUCGUGCUCAUGGAAGCACUGAGAUACUUUUAGAGCUCUAACAAAUACAACUUCCCAGAAGACGCCACUAGAUACCUUCAAACAGCUAACUGAUAAAAAACACAGUAACGUGAUACCAUCACGUUACUGUGUUUUUUAUUAGUUAGCUGUUUGAUGGUUUUGAGUUGUUCCAAAGAAAGCGUAACAUUACUUUCAGCAGUUAGCCAAGAAGAACUGCACCAGGGCUGCUAACUAAAACUAAAACAGCUCAUGAGAGAAGAAGAGCAACAGACACCGAGCGACUGACGUCUGUAGCUCCAGAUUCCUGGAGGUGGUCGGGACACAGCCGCCGAUCCAGAGCUUUUCUGGAGGGUCGACUUCAGACGGGGACGGAUUCUGUCCCGAUGCUGCUAACGCUCGUUGCUUUGAAACCACGAAACGCUCGUCAUGUUUUUCCCAGAGUGAAAAUAUAAAACCUUGAAAAGAAAGAAAACACGACUCACUGCGAUCAGAGUGCGUCUUGUUAAUGUUAACGAUAACGUAGCCUUAAAAGAAGCUAGCUGGCUAACACAGCUAGCUCACUGUACUCCUACCUAAAGCAUGAGUGGGUUUGUCACCAUCUACAUUUAAGUCAAAAUACUUUUUUCCCUGAAGCAAAGAAUUCUGGGCAUUUAAAGUUAAAAGAGUAAGACGAAGAAAACGAAGAAAACGCAGCUUCUCUGCCUCGUGAGAAGAAACUGUGACGUCAGAGGUUUAGAACUUAGCUCUUCUGUUUUAACCAGGUGUUGAUGAAACUGUGACUGUGACGACUGUUGACCUGUCGACCUGCUCUGAAUAGAAAACCAAAAAGAUGACACCUGUUUUUUAACGGUUCAAAAGUGCGAACACCUUUACGGAGAGAACCUGGAACGGUUCAGCUAACGAUUCAAUUUCAUCCCCUUUUUACAGUUUGAAGGUGAAACGUUCCCGAUGCCACAGCCUUGCCGUGCAUGCACAGCCUGUACGGAUCAUACGAUUCCGAGUAUCGGAUUUUCUACCACAAUGUGAUGGAAAAGGAAAACACAUGCAGGUUUAACGUAUAGCUGAUCCACACUCUUCUCUGUUUACCACGUGCCAAGGAACUCAAGGGUUCAACGAGCUCCCUGAUGGAGUUCUGGGUUGUUGGACGUGGACAUGGCCACGGUGAACGUCCCGCCUUCUGCUGCACGUUUGCCAAACACUAGCUGCACUUUGGCUCCAAACUCAAGUUGUUUGGUUGAGACAAGAUAGUUCAGAGACUAGUUUAGAGUUUUGUCUUUCUGCUUCUGCUGUAUUGAAACAAAAACGUGCAGUUGAGUAGAAGUGGGAUUUUUCACAGUGGCCACAGCUGCAGCGACAACUGAGCUCUGUUUAAAACCAAGUGUAAGUUUGUAAAAAAUAAAUCAAAAGAAAAUGCCUGUGAGCAGAGCAUGUAUUUAUUGUAUAAAAUCUAACUGAACUAAAAUUGUGAUCUUUUUAAUGUCUGUACUGUGAAAUAUGAGGAAUGAUCAAAUGUAUGUAAAGUACUCAUCAUUAUUAUAAUGUGACAUAUGUUGAAUGUACUUGUAACAAUAUUUUGUAUAUAAAAUAUUUACGAAUCAA